AUGGAUAAAAGUAAAAUCAGGUACAAGAGAUCAAGAUCGGCGAGAGCAUGUGAAGUCUGUCACGCUCGGAAAGUUCGUUGCGAUGCAGUGGAUAUUUUUCCAUGUACUAAUUGCAAAACGUUUGGCAAUGAGUGUGUGAUCCCAGAGGUUCGUAAGAGACGAGCUCGCAAGAUACAUGAAGAGAAAAAUGGUGACCUCAGUCUGAAUUCAUCUUCCCCUGCUUCCUCAUCGUCUACUACUAAAAUUAAGCCCGAACUGCCCGGUAAGGGGCGGAUCAAUCUAGCUGUAUCUGCCACUGAAACAAUAGCUGCUACAGUGACCCCUGGGACUGGUGCAGACAAGAGCGUAGGAUCUUCCUAUAAGAAUCAGACCUGGGAUUUUUCUGGAAGCACCUCAUGUUUGAAUCAAGUGAUGGCUACAGUCUCCACCAAAGAAUUGAGCGGUUCAGAGUAUUAUCGUUCUCCUGAAGUGAAAGCGUUUCACGAGAUGGAGAUGGAAGCUCUAAAAAUAAAGGGUGCUUUUUUGAUACCAACAGAAGAACUAUGCAAGAUUCUUAUUUCGUGCUACUUUCAGCACGUUCAUCCAUGGUCUCCCAUAAUAAACAGGACACACUUUGAAAAGCACUAUCUUCCAAAUUUGCGGAACCCACCGAGUAUCCUUCUUUUACAAUGUGUUCUUUUAGCAGGCUCUCGUGUCUGCAAACAUCCGCAGCUUAUGGACCCAGAGACUGGCUCUGUGGACACUUGUAGCUUUAUCUUCUACUAUCGUGCGAAGGCUAUAUAUGACAGUAACUUGGAAACAGACCCGAUUUCUUUGGUCCAAUCAAUCUCUUUGUUGGGACAUUUUUGGGAAAGUGCUGAAAGUGUUGUUAAGAAUAUUUUCUAUUGGAGCAGAUUGGCCAUCACUUUAGCUCAAUCAUAUGGUUUCCACAGAUGUUUACAGCCCUCAUCAAAAACGUCAGCUGAGGAUCUGAAGCUAAUUCGACGUAUAUUUUGGUGUCUUUUCAUUAGGGAUCGUGGUAUUUCGGUAGCUUUUGGAAGACCAUUGACUAUCGACUUGGAUGAUUGUGAUGUUCCCCUUCUAUCUACUCGAGAUUUUAUUGAAAUCGACGAGGACAAUAAAGCCAUAUCACCAUUAACACUUGCAGCAGAGCAUGUCGAUUUUGUGAUGCAUAGCCUCAAAUUGGCAGAAAUCAUGGGAAUUGUGCUGAAACAACAGUACACUGUGAAGGCUGAAAAUUUAGAGUCUGUGUAUCACAUCAACAUUGUCAAGCACUGUGAUAUGAUCAUGGGAAACUGGCUUCAUAACUUACCAUCCACAUUAUGCUAUCAUGCAUCAGAUCCAGCUCAACAGUCACUUCCCAGGGCCAUUAUUAACUGCAAUUACUACGCCGUAUUGUGUUUGAUUCACAGACGGAACAUCCUCAAGAGGGUCAAACAUCCCCUUCCAAACAAAGACGAUUAUUACCCUUCUUGGGGUGUGACUUUUCAAGCUGCACACAUGAUUUCACAGAUUGGCAAAUACCUACAAACUAGUGGACAAUUACAGUAUGUGUCGAACUCCUUAGUGUUCUCAUUCUAUAUUGCUACGGUUAUGAUGAUAUAUCACUUGUAUAAUAAAAACCGAAAGGCUGCUGCUAUUGCAAAACAAUCCAUAGAUACUCUUUGCAGUUGUCUAAACGAACUGUCCAAAGUGUGGAAAAUUGCCCUUUUGUGUUCAAAAAUACUGGACAUUUUACUGAAGGAUGAAGCAAAACGUUUAGAGUUUGUCCAGAACGUAAUUUGUGUGUCUGUUGACGUCGGAAAAAAGAACAAAGUACACAGUAAAAGCCAAAACGUACAGACCGCUGAAUACGGGGAUGCGCUUUUAUCCGAAGAUCCAAAACCAAAGGAGAACUCAGGAAAUGAUCUGAGUAUGCCAUUGAACGAGAAACGCCCACCAGCGGCCAUUUUUAAUAACGGUCUAUCUCAAAACCCCAAUUUAAUUAAUAUAAUGACACAGUCAUUUCCUGGUUUCACUAAUGAAGACAAUCUCAUUCCGAUGGAUGGUAAUACAAAUCCAGAUUCGUUUCCAGCACAAACUUCUCAAGAUUUUAACAAUUUACAGCACAACCUAGAUUUAUUCAAACCGAAUAAAUUAUUCCCAUCCUACGAUAAUGGUGACUCACAUCCACCACUUGACCGUGAGAAUUUGAACAGAUUGAAUAAGAGUAAGAACAAUCAUAAGUUCCAAAUUACCAAGUCGCAUAGCAAUGAAUCUCCUAAAACUGAGGACAGUGUGAGCAGUGGUAAUGAGUUCGUCAUUGAAAAGAUCAUCAAUGACAACUGGAUGCCGAUGUUUGAUGUUCCUGCCAAUGCUGAAACUACUGACAAUGACGCACAACACGUUUCGUCAGCUACGAACACAGGAAGUGGAAGCAGUGUUGAAGAUGCCCAUCCAUCUGAGCCCUUAUCAGCAACCCUACUUGAUCCCUCCGUGUUCAACUUAGCCAACGGUAAUAUCCUUAAUCCUGAGACCGUCUAUGGACCUAACAUGGAGGGAUUCGACUUUCACUCUGGCAACUUUGCCAGAUCAGACUGGUUCAACUUUUUCCAAUAG